AUGCCGUUCCACCACAACAACCAGCAGCACUUCAACCUGGCGGCUGGACUGGGGCAAGCCGCGCAGCUGUCGUCGAUUGGGUCGCCGAUGGGCAACCUGAAGGUCGCAACAGCAGGAACGACAGGCGCGGGCACCGAUGCAUUUGCGCCUCCCAGUGCAGGCGGGCAUCAGGAAGAUCUGCAUGUGUCGACGCCGCCAUCUGCCCAGCAGCCGCAGCAGCCGCAGCAGCCGCAGCAGCAGCAGCAGCAGAUAUACCACCCGGCCGACCACUACGGCGGCUCAGCGCCCAAUAUCAGCCUCCAGCAAGCCACACCUCAGGGCUCCCACUACGGCGCCUCUGCUGCAUUGCCUGGCAGUCUCCAGCCUGCACAGCGCCCGGGCCCUUCCUCCGCGAACACGGCGCCGACCGUGCCCACCCAGAGCAUCGUCAGCAACGCCAACUCGUAUACGCUCCCCACGCGCUCCAACACCAUCAGCCAGUCGCAGCACCCAUCCUCACACACCUACUCGCGCUCGAGCCCAGCUGGCAUGGGCCCCGACCAGAAGUACAUUCCCUUUUCAAAUACCCCUGAGCAGUCCAAGUACACAGCCACGACGCCCUCACAGAAGUACUACCCUUCGACUCCCACUACCAAUGCGUCGCACUCACCACUAGGUCUGGCUGACAUCAGGCCGCGCGCAAACUCGAGUAUGGACCCAGAAGGUCUAGGUGCCGGCAAUACGUUCGUCAGUGAGCAGAACAAGACGCCCUCGAACAGCAACUACCUUGCGCCGUGGAGUAUAUAUGCCUACGACUGGUGCAAGUGGAAUGUGUCAGGCGGUAACAGCGCUGGGAAGAUGGCCGUUGGAAGCUACAUUGAAGACAACCACAACUUCAUACGCAUCCUCGACACCCAAAUCACACCUCAACACGACUCUACUCCGGGCGCAUCGCCGUAUGGUCUUGAGUACAAUGCGAUCGCGGAAGCCACAUGCUCAUUCCCUGUUACUCGCAUACUGUGGGAGCCCCCUUCAUCCCAGAAGCAAUCGACUGAUCUUCUUGCAACUUCUGGCGACCAUCUGCGGCUAUGGUCACUUCCUCAGUCGUCAGGCAGCAAUUUGAGUAAUACGAUCUCACGAACGUCUUCAGUGAACACCAGAGAACCUCAAUUACCAAAGCUCACCCCGCUCGCUCUCUUGUCCAACUCCAAGACUCCCGAGCACACUGCACCACUGACGUCUCUUGAUUGGAACACCAUGUCGCCUAAGCUCAUCAUUACGUCCAGCAUUGACACGACCUGCACCAUAUGGGACAUUCCCACCCUUACGGCGAAGACACAGUUGAUUGCACACGACAAAGAAGUGUUUGACGUCCGCUUCUGCGCAGGGAGUGUUGAUGUCUUCGUAAGCUGCGGCGCUGACGGUAGUGUGCGCAUGUUCGACCUUCGAAGCUUGGAGCACAGUACCAUCAUUUACGAGCCGUCUGAUAAGAACAAUGACAAGGACAAAGGGUCGCCGACUGGUCGCAUGUCUCCUACAAAAGCUCAGCAAACCAUGUCCUACGCGCCGCCUCUUCUCCGUCUCGCUGCCUCUCCACACGACUCGCACCUGCUUGCCACAUUUGCUCAAGACUCGAACGUUAUCCGUAUCCUUGAUGUUCGACAGCCGGGGCAAGCGCUCCUCGAGCUUCGUGGACACUCCGCGGCGCUUAACAGCAUUGAGUGGAAUCCGUCACGGAGAGGCAUGCUUGCUUCUGGCGGUGAUGACUCACUCGUACUUGUCUGGGACUUGCUACAUGCCAAUCAGGGUGCUGCAAUCAGUGGCGAGCACGCUGCUUCAGCACUUCCCACUCCAGCAGCUGCGCAACCGACCAACAACGGCACAGGUGCUCAGAACGUACCAGUAGGACAGAAGGGCCCAUACGCCAGUUGGCGAUGUGAUUAUGAGGUCGGCAAUAUUAGUUGGGCACCCCAAAGUGCUUUGACAGGACAAGGGGGUGAUUGGCUUGGUGUUGCAGGCGGAAGAGGUGUUUGGGGUGUCAAGCUAUGA